UGUUGACGAUUUGCAAAAAGAUUUGUUGCAUUUAUGAACGCGUUUUACACUAAAAUGGAAGUAUUAUUGAGUUUAGUUGUUGACGAUAUAUUUGAAGUAAAAAGUGAUAGUUUUUUGCUAAAUUUAAGAAAAAAAAGACGUGUAAAGCUAAAAAGAAGAUCGCAUAUAGGAAGAUGUUCAUUAAAACGAAAAAUUCCCAAAAAUAAAUCUUUUUUUCCUAGUCGCUAAUGCUUUUUAAUUUAUUGUGAUUGUAAUUCAUUACCUUUCCAAUUUUCACAAAAAAAAAAAAAAAAAAAAAAAUCUUUUUUUGAAACAAUUAGAAAAUUUUCGCUGCGCGAUUUGCCCGUUUAUUUUCAAAUCUUUAUUCACUUUUUUUAUUUCUUCCGCCACCUUAUUCCACAAAACACUCUUUUUCCUCCUCCCUGAAGCAAAUUCACUUUCCAUGCUCAGUCGGACUCUGAGAAGCAACUUUACUUCCGAUGUACUUAUGUAGAUAAUCGCUAAAAUCAAGAAAAAUGUAAUAAAAUAUUGUUUUAAUAACGUAUAUUUAAUAUAUCUUUGCAUUAAAAGCUAAAAAAAUUAGUUUUAUACUCACUUUUCAUCAGACAUCAUAUUAGCGUAAUCAGCGGCAGUAUUAAAAUUUUUCCUGCAAAUAAUGCGUGACGUUUGAUACAAAAAUGGCGUUUUGGAACGCGAUGCAUUUGCAGUACUGCCAUAUUUGCAUUUCUGAACGCAUUGCCAACACUGCAAAAGCACGUUGCGCAUUAUAAUGCGUUUCUGAAUAUACCCAUACCUUUUAUUUUUUGCCUGAAUGUAAUUAUAUACACAAACAACAAUUAAAUCUUCCUCUAAGCGUGAUUCGGAAAAAUUUUAGACAAAAACUGAUAAGGUAAAGAAGGGUUCUACAUGGAUUGUCCAUAGGUCAAAUACAAUGAUUUUUUGUGUAUACGCAGAUGUUGCAUAUAAAAAAAUAUAAACCGUCACAUACAUACUUAUGCAGAUAUGUAGGUAGGUACUUAUAUAAGUAUACACUGGCGGCCACGGAAUUAGCAUUCUAUGCCAAGGCAACAUUGUCCCUGUAGUUUUUCUGCUUAGCAAACUGAAUGAUUACCAAGAUUUUUCUUGGAAAGUUAUUUAGUAAGUAGGGAACAAGUACCGCUAUAAUCGGUAUUGAAGCUUCGUUUGAAAUUGAUGACGUGAUAUUUAUAAAUUAUGAAAGGAAAACGAUUUUUCAUUUUGACUGCAAGCGGGGGAGCCUGGUUUAUAAGGUCAAAAAAAUCAAUUUUUUUCCGUUUUAAGCGAUUCCUAAUAUAUUUCAGAAUAUUCACACAAAGUUACAGAGCCUAAUUCUCAAUAUUUCCGUAGAUACAAAACCAAAGCGAGCGUUAGGUAGUUAGCGAGCGUUAGGUAGUUACGCUGUGACCGGACAGCUAUAGUACAAACUUUAUCUUCUUUUCUCGACUUUUCAUUUUUAUGAUUUCUUUGAAUUGGCGUAAAUGAAUGAAAAAAAACGAAUGAACCUUUCGAAAUGAAUCAUAGCUUGUUCCCUUCAGUAUUAAAUUCUCUUCAAUUUAAACUAACAAAAUAGAUAAAAAAAUUUUCAAGAUUUUUAUACCAAGUUGAAGGGAAUUUUUUUUUAUAGAAAGGCAUUUUUUUCUUUAAAACCUCCAAAAAGUUGAAAUUUUGGAAUUUCUCUCAGUUUUCUUAGUUCAUCUAUAAUAAAAAAUCAUGAUAAUUGGAAAUCCAUUUGAAUUUUUUGCUUUAGAUAAUAAUUACGAGCUGUAUCUUGUACGCCAGUUGGAAACUCCAGCGUUGCAGCGCUCUACUAAUUUCUAUGUUAAACAUUUUUUUCAACUUAUUUUAACCAGUACAAAAAUUGUUUAUACUUUUUAAAUGUUCAUUAAAAGAAAAAUCGCAGAGAGAUGCGAUUUUUAGACCUCAUAAACCAGGCCCUUAUUUGAUUUUAGUUCAAUAUUUUUUUUCGGUUAUCAAUUACAAAUUCACUUUUAUUUUUUAAUUUUAGUCCGACAUCUUGGAUCCGGCCUCACUCAUAAACAAGCACUAAUUUUUUUUAAGUUUUGCGACAUCUUGGAUCCGUAAUUUUUUUUUAAAAAAACACCAUCGUAUUCAUAAACAGCCAUCCAGGAAAUGCCCCGAAUGGUAUUUUUAGGAUCUCUGCUAAAUCUUUUGAAAAUCACAUCAGAUUCAAACAACCCAUCCAAAAACCUUAAAAGCUCAAUUUGAUGAUCUUAGUUCACUUUUUUGAUCUUGCAUCGGCCAUGUCGAAUUUUGCAAAACAAAGCAUUCCAUCGGUUGUGUAGUAAGUGACCCUGAAAUCCACAGAGUAGUCAUUUUUAUGCGCUUAGCUCAAUGUAAUUUUUAAUUUUUAAGGGGUUCACCCCGCUUUAUGUUUUGAGUUACGAAUGUAUCCAAGAAUUCUGUUGAAACAAAAUCGUUUUUUUUUUUUUGUUUCAAUUUAAAAAUGAUAUGGACAUUAUUUGUAAUUUUUUGUAAGGGGUUAGGGUUGUUUGCAAAAAUUCGUUCUUCCAAUAGUUGCAUCAAUAUUUCAGCAGUGGUUUUAUUUAUUUUUUUAUAAACGCGGAACAAAAAAAAAACUUAUUCCCGUUAACCCAAUAAAAGAGUGAAACAAGAAAUGUGUUGUGUUGUGUAAGAUCUUUCAACGUUUUUUAAUAACAACGCACUGGCUAAUGAAUUUGUACGAUGAAUUGUGACUGGAUCCAACGGAUACUCCUAUAAUUUAUAUGCUGACCCCGUACACAAAAUUUAAUUCGCUGUUAAGCACGUUUUUUUAUUAUUUUUAUGGAAUGCUUUCUCUCUAUUUUUACCAAAAUUACUCGAAUGCAUUUUCAGUUGCAAAUAUAAAAACAAAAACAGUUAAUAGCAAACUUAAGUUGAUCUGUAAAAUAAAUGUGUUGUAAACCCUAAAUAAUCAUUACAAGUCUGGAGCCAGCAAUCGAGCGUCGCUAGCAGCACCGAACCCUCGUCCCCAGCCAUUUCGGAGAGUUAUUCACAUGAAACGCCCAGUGGCGAAAUGUCGAUUAGUGUAACCAGCGCUGAAGGAGUUAACAUCCUGCCCGUAGCCGAGGAGCUUGCCAAAUUCUUUCCACAACUCGAGGACGAAUAUUUAAAUGCGGUGUCGGUGUACACACCUUUGAACACAGAUACCUUGGAUGUAGAUGCUGAUGGCGUGUUCACAUUCGGAGGUGGCAGUAGUCGUGGCGAUGUGAGCGCUUGCCUAACUCCAGUUAGCUUUGGGAUGGAUAUAAGCAUGAUCGCGAAUAAAGGAUCGAUGACGCUUUCAGUUGAUGGCUUCGAAGACGAGGACGAAACCACGCUAUCAGCCGCCACAACACCUUCUCUACCUGUAGAUGAUCCCAAGCUUGAAACGUGCUAUUGUUGCCCCACUCACGCUGAAAUGGCUGAGCCGCCCGAUGUUGAGGAUACGAUUGCUGUUCUUCCCGAACCACUUAAAAUACCAGAAACGAAUAUAAUAAGUUCUUCCCCAGAAUCAAAUUUAUUUGGUGAACCAAUAUCAUUGCCACCGCUUCUGCUCUAUGGCGAUUCAGCUCAACGUCGUGGUGCACGCAAAACAACAGAUCCCAUAUCACCAAAAAUUAAAAAACAAAUAAGUCUCUUCGAGGGUGGUGAAUACGAACACCAAAAGGAGUACUCCAAUCUACAUGCGUCCAUCAACAUACCGUCUGCUUCCACCCUGAAACAGGAUGCUCGCCUACGCAAAUUUGAGACUCUUACACAAUCCACAUCCAAUUCGAAUUUCCCAUUUGCAAGUAAUACAUUGAAGCGAAUGCCACAUAACGCCUCCGAAUUAGACGAAGUCGGCCAUACACAGUCGUGUAUCAAUCUGAAAAGUUCACUGUGUGGGUCGCCUUCUACGUCCAUAUCGGGAUCGCCGCAACAUAAAGCAACACCGAUUGCAAUUGUUAGGCAGCCUGGCUCCAGUGUGACAACAACGCCAGCGAUAACGACAGACAGCAAUGACAGCGGUUUACCUCGUCCUGGCGCUUUGAUCGUCAAAGAACGUUUCAUAGAGCCGCCAAAACGGCUUCCGCAUAACUUUCAUAGCAAAACUCAAUCUAUGGAUGCUGACUUUUUGUUCAACGAAUUCUUGUUAGUUCCAGCGCGUUCACCAACUCAUGUACCUCUUUCACCCGAUGGAGGUCAUACAAGUAGCGCAAGCACGUCUCCUUCAACACGCCCAAGCUCACGUUUUAUGACGACAAAAAUAUUAGAUGACAUGGCCACUUUGGAGCGUAAAUGAAGGAGUUACUUAAUUGUUACUUUAUGUGUGACUUGGAAGGAAAGAAGUUAUUCAUAGUUCAAAAAUGAGUAAAUACAAAUAAAACAAUUCCGAUUUAUUAAAAAAUAUGUACCUACCUACUCUCAUUCCAGAUAAAAUAUUUAUUUUUUCUUAUAUGUACAUACAAAU